GUUAAAUAGAAUUGUAGAGGGAGUUAUUUGUUUAAUAUUUUGGACGUGCUUAUAAAUGUGUCUUCCUCAAGUUUUCACGGGCGAGUUUUCUAUAUUACUCACAAGAGAUACUAAAUAAUUUACAAAUAAUCAACAUUGCACGCGUGGUUGUAUGCAGACGAUCAAACAUGGAGGAAGACGAGUGGUCUCUCACGCUGCAGCGUAUUAUUUUUUCCUUACUGCUGUUUAUAAGGGUUUCAGUAGCACAGGACAUUUCCUCCACAGAUGUACCUGUACAGCAGAUCAGAGCAGUAAACACUUACAGCAUAGACUUCCAAGACUUACCUCCUUUGAUUCCAAUGAAUAACUUACCAAACACCAAUGUAACGGUUACAUAUGGCUGCAAAGAGCCAAGUGUGGCUGGAGUUGAACUCAGUGCAAUUAUUACAAAUACAGGACAAAAGCUGAUGUUAUUCGACAAAACAUGGCUGUGUUUACCACUGGAACAUAUUGUCCAGUCCCUUAAAAUCAACUUAAAAGUAAAUGAAAAAUCUUUGAAAGAACUAAAAAUGCUACUGUCUAGCCAGCAGAGGACUACUUCAAAUUCUGGUGCUGCACAGUCCAGCAACACUUUUGGAUUGACUUCUCUCACAGUGCCAGCUGUUGUUAGAGCAUGGAUAAUUUCACGGGAAUUAUACAGUCUUAGUGAAAACCAUCAAGGAGCUUGGAAUAUGGCCUCAACUAGAACUUCAUACCAAAUAAAAAUAUCACUUCCAAUGUCCAUGCUGACUGAAGAAAAUGAGCAGACUAAGAAUGUCUCAAGAAAAUUGUGCCAUAGUUGGAAGAAAGUACUUCAGGAUGAAAUCUCAAAAUCUCAGCCAUUAUGUGUUCAAGAAGAAGACGAUGUGAUCCAAAUUUUAACCUAUCCAGUACUGAUGAGAGCAUCUGCUCAUGGGGUUUCCAGGACCUUCACACCUUUCAAAAAUAAAGAGCUUAGACAAGAACAACUCUCAUCUCCCAGGUUUACUGCAGUCAUUUACCUGUAUGUGAUGCAGUACAAUUGCAGUACCUCAAAGUUUGGCAGCCUUGUACAACAAAGGACGUGGGAUGGGCAGUUUCUUACUCCUAUCAUUUUGAUCCAGGAAGAGGGAAAGAUCCAUGUUCAAGUUCACAAGAAAAAUAAUCAGUCUGUUGCCUUGGUUACCCCACUCACGAUACCAAAGAACAAGUGGUGCCGCCUGGUGUUGGUUUUUGACCAGUACUAUUGGAAUCUGACAGCCACCUGUAGGAGUAAGAUAGGGACCUGGGAGAAAGUUUUCUUUACUGAAUACACGUAUACCCCAGAGCAGAAAUUCAGAUACAGUGACACAGCUGGCACCUUUGACUUUGGAGGAACAGACGCCAUUCCCAGCUUCAAAGGAAUUCUUGGUCAUGUGACCUGGUACAGGAGGACAGCAGUGCCAUCUAGUAAGAUUCCCUAUCUCCCAGACACUGACCCUGCCUUCCAGCUAGGAUGGGAGAUAGACCACCAUAAAGCCAGAUGUGAAGGUCACAACAGCAGAUACUUCCUCUUGCUCCUGGCCUAUAUGACCAAACUGAAGCACAUUGACAAGAAAAGAAGUUGCCCUGCAGUGCCCCUGGUCACCAAACCCUACACCUCUCCUACCUGCAGUCAGUACAGCCAACCUGGUCUCCUCUCCAACCAUGAGAGGGCGCUACUAACCAGUAUGAUCCUGACAGGUCGCAAAUCGAGACAAUAUGUUGGUCUUGUCUUGUAUGAGGAGGCACUCAGUAUACUGGAGUUGAGUUUCUCCAAUGCCCCACAUGCAGUGACCCUCCUGGAGCAAGCCAGUUGCUAUGGAAACCAUGCUGCCAGCUUUACCUUAUCUGCCAUCUACACAUAUGGAGUUGGAGUUAAUGCUAGCAAAUAUGAGGCUCUGUAUCAUCUUGGGCAAGGUGUGUUAGCUGGCCACCGUCUUUGUCUCUUAGCAAUGGGAAAUAAGCACAUGAAUGGUCUAACCCAUGUACCAUAUGACCUAGAGUUAGCCUACACAUAUUACAAGCAUAUAUCUGAUAUCACCAAAGAUGACAAGGAAUCCUAUUCACAUGAGGAUGUGUACACGGAACCCAUUCGGCUGAAUGAUGAUUUUGAAGUGAGCGAGACAACAGAGGAGGACGGGGACAUUUUUCUCUGGCUCAAAUAUCAAGCUUCUCAAGGCGAUCUCUGGGCUAUGCGCCGCUUGGGUCUGCUGCGGUACUGGGGUUCUCACGGUGUGACCAGAAACUUGACGGAAGCAGUCAUGUACUACCGCAUGGCAGCGAAGGCUGGAGACCCCAUUGCCCUUUUUGAUUAUGGGCUUCUGCAGUUAAAGGGCCUUGGAAUUAAGAAGAAUAUUUCACAAGCCCUUCAAAAUCUCAACAAAUCUGCUGAAAUGAACCAUGGAGAUGCGUGGAAUGCUCUGGGCUGGUAUUACCUGAACUUUGAGGACAACCUAAAUGAGUCAGCCAGGUGCUUUGAGAAGGCGUAUAGCUUGGGCUCAGUGAGUGCAGGUCACAACCUGGGCUACCUCCACCACACAGGACAGUUCCCAGGGAAAGGGGCAGAUAAGUACUAUGAGUGGGCAGCUGACCAGGGACACCUGGACUCUGGGGUGAUGGUGGCCACCUUCUAUCACAAGGGCUUUCCAGGACUGGACAGGAACCCAUAUCAGGCUGCUAUCUGGGCCCAAUUUCUUGGAGAGAAAAGCAAUGCUGUCGGGCGAUUGCUCAGAAGAGCUCUCAGAGCAUACAAGGAUGAAGACAGACACAUAGCAUUGUUGUACUACCUGCUGGCUGCUUACACUGGGAUUGAGGCAGCAAACUUCAACUUUGCCUGGCUGGCAGAAGACCACCCAGAAUAUGUGAAAAAAUACAUAGCUGAGGAGUGUAUCUGGAAACACUAUAACCUCUCCACACAGAGGCCUGUGAAUGCGGUAGACCCAGUGGCAUUUAACAAGAUGGGCGACUAUUUCUGGUAUGGAAUUAAAGAGGCCAGGAACACCACUGCUGCAGCUCUGAUGUAUGGCAAGGCUGCAGCCAGAGACCCACACGGUUUAUUUAACCUAGCAGCAGUGGUGGCAGAGGGAGUGGAGGUACCACAGCAAGUCUGGGGAGAACUACAGGUACCGCCAUCUAUACAGCAAGACAAACUGGCUCUACAGUCUGAGCUGUAUUCAAGAUGUGCAGAAUAUGACAGUGCAGAGGCAUACAUUCCCUGUCAGCUUGCCCUUGUCAAGGUCACAUUACAGAACACUGCUGAAAGAGUACUGUCCUUCUUGGGGUUCUAGAAGCUGUUUUGGUGUGACAUAUCUCACCCAAGUCUACAGUCCACUGUUACCUAUGUCUCCCUUGUCCGCUUUGUUGCUUUUUAAAGGGAUAACAACUGUUCAUUUUGGCCAAAAAUGGAUUUCCUGGGGUAGAGGACAAUUUUCCCAC